UUUGACCUGGGGUAAUAGUCCGACAUUUACUAGUGACAAUCAGACAAUGGCAGUCGUUGUCAGGAAGCUGCUGAAGUCACGAGUUUCAGAAGUCCUGGGCCACCUGGCAAGUUCUCCAAAUAAAACUGGAUGCCCUAGACCGUCACAAAUUGCCAGGGCCAUGGCAACUAAAUCGAAAGUAGACCUAACCGGUGUUUUCCCGCCAAUACCCACCCCCUUUGACGAGAAGGAGAACGUAAACUACGAUGAAAUGUCCAAGAAUCUGCAGCGGUGGAACAGCAUGCCGUUGCGUGCAACCACAGAUACAAUUGAGAUGAGCAAGAUGAUGGGGGAGGCAGGAGCGGACGCACUGCUGGUCAUAACUCCGUUCUACUUCAAAAACAUGAUGACCUCUGAGGCACUUAUCAACCACUUCACAAAGGUGGCAGAUAAUUCUCCGGUACCAGUGGUUUUGUACAGUGUACCAGCUAACACUGGCCUUGACCUGCCAGUGGAGGUCGCUGUUGAACUCUCCAAACACCCAAACAUCAUCGGAAUGAAGGAAAGUGGAGGAGACGUGACCAAAAUUGGACUGAUUGUCCAUCGUACCAAAAAUAGUAACUUCCAGAUGCUUGCAGGAUCGGCAGGAUUCUUUCUGCAGUCAUUAUCUGUCGGUGCGGUGGGUGGAGUGUGCGCCCUUGCCAAUGUGCUCGGUCGUGAAGUGUGCCAGGUACAACAGCUUUUCAAUGAAGGCAAGAUGGAAGAAGCCAUGGAACUGCAGCACAGAUUGAUCGAGCCAAAUAGUGGGGUGACCAAAGGCUUUGGUGUGCCGGGUCUGAAAACUGCCAUGGAGUGGUUUGGCCUCUACGGGGGACCAGUCCGUGCCCCGCUGCUGCCGCUCACCGAGGCCCAGAAGGUGAGGCUGCGAGAGCUAUUCACCAGGAAUGGGUUCCUGUGAGGGCUGGCUGGUAGGCUUCAGUGGCAACCCUAGACCGUUUGCAUUCCUUGCUGCCUUCUCGGACACAGGUGGGUGAUGGCCUGGUCUCAAGUUCCCAACACUGUAGUAAAACAUCGCUUUCAUUGGCCACAUUUUGCUUGUAGAUAGCCAAAGAAUGAAACCCAGGCCACUUUGACAAAUGCUGCACAUGAAUUUUACAAUACCUGAAAACCCUUCCAAAUUCAUUCCCUCUGCCAGUGUGCCUCAUGUACGUUUCAUUUUUGUUUUUAAAAAUGUAAUUUCUGAUGAAAUGUUCAAGCAAAACUGCCUCUUUUUGCUUGGGUUAAGCGAUUUUCAGCAUUUCAGCAGUAAAUCCAUGUACAUGUAUGUCAAAAUUUGUGCAGAUCUGAUUUGGACAGGCUAUGGUGAUAGCUGCAGAAAUGAAACAAAUUUGUACUUGUGACAUAUCAUUGCCAGUGGGUUUGACCUCAGAAUUUCUUCAAUUUUUGCUUCAUGAUAUCAGUAGGUCUAAGCAUAAACUUGACGAGGUGUAUGUGAAAUACUUCAAUCGAGCUGCAUGAUGGAGUGAUAGUUGAAACCUUUCCCAGCUUACUCUGAAAUGUUUUGGACUCUUGUUUGUCUGAUUACUGAAUUUUUUGGUAGAAAGUGGUCCCUGAUUGUAAUUUGUUGAGGAGAUUGGAUUUUUGUUUUUCCAUACAGACAUACUGUUGGCAGGUACCAGUGGCAGAAAUGUGGUACAUUAUAUGGGGGGGGCGCUUUGGAGCCCUUAUUUUCUGGAGGUGGGCACUCAAUGGAUUUUGUCAGAAUUGAAAAUAGCAACCAAAGCAGAUUUUUUUUCCUUCUCUAAUUUCUGAGGGGGAGAGGCCUGGGGGGGGGUUAAUGUACACCAUGGAAGCAAACUCCAAGGAGGCAGUGUUGGUUCUGCAGAGAGAUCAGUCUUGAGUUCAGUUCCCUUCUGAUAAACGGAGUGCAUCGUGUGAAAUGUCACGACCUUCAGAGCCCACCCUUCUUUGUCAAGAGAUCGCUUCCAUGAUGUACCCGCAAAGAGCACCCUCUCUGUGUGUAUGCAACACUCUAAACAACACUCACUCAGGAAGUCAUUUGACGUGUGUCAAGGAGAAGUUCCACAGUAUCUUAUGGUGAAGUUUCUUCUAUGAUGGUCCGUCAUUAGAAUGAUACAAACAUGAUGGACAGUCUUGUUAAUUGGAAUGGAAGAGGCUGUCCCUGGCAAGUUUGUAUAGCAGAGGAGAGGAUAUAGGGAUUGUUAUGUCUUCCUAGUAGUGGUGGGGGGAAUCUUUCAGUAUUUAUUUGGAAAGAGUAUGCAAUUAACAUUUUUAGCAGUUCUUUGAUUUGCGUCAUAUGGGAAGCUUGGAAGCAUAAAUGAACGAGGGUUUUCUUGUAA